ACACCUCUGAUCACCCGCAGUGAGACCAUUGGGGAGGGGUGGGCCUCUCUCCCCCAUGAACAUCGAUGUGGAGUCUGAUAAUCCCCAUAGUCAUGCCUCAAGCCUCUCUGGGCUAAUGGUACCCAGUGUGCAGGCUUGUCGGACGGAUUGUGCGAGCAGUGUAGGCUUCUCACUUGUCCUCUCCAGCACGGAGUUGCGGAGAUUUUUUUUUUUUUCGCUCCCAUCAAUUCGACACCCGAAUAAUCCCAUGUUGGCACGUGGAGUGGAUAAGUUGGAAUUUGGAGACUACACCGGUGCAUGAGUUGUGUUGUUGUGUAGAGAUUGUGCAUACUUUUGGCUUGUCAGCCGAAUCCAGCAAGAGCUUUUUAGGUCAUCCCCUGCAGCUCCUCCACGAUAGUUUUGGUAGGCACCAACUUCCAAUCUUCGGCAGCAAUCAUAAGUGUGUCGAAUUUCAUUUGUUUCCCACGUUCGAGUCCCUUUGUUGGUGGGAUUCGAAUAAGCUACCAGAUCAUUCACUUCUAUAUUACUGCACCCUUCCAUUCUAUAUAGUACUCAUUACUGUCUUGUAAGACAAGAUGUGAGCAAUUUUUUCCCGGUGUACCAGAUUUGUCAGAUAGAGGUCAUAUACUUAACGGGAAAGAUGCAGUCCUGCCAUUCCGGGCAACAUGAAUGCUCAAACUAUGAUUGCAGUUUCCAACAGUUCAGGAGUGCCGGAGCACUGGAGCGCCAGUUGGAAGGAUGCACUGAUGUAGAUCAAUCCGUUAGUGUAACGAAUCCUUGCGACGAUUGUAGAGGCUUUCGGUAUUAAAUUCCAGCCUCCAGGAGUAAGAUGGAGGUUAAGGACCCUGUGCACUUAGUAGCAAAUAUUCAAAUGAGAACUUUGAAGACUGAAGUGGAGAAAGGUUCCAUGUGAACAGCAAUUGGACAUGGGUUAAGUCCAAAGGCUCCUCCAUCACUCCCCGGCCCCGGAGGCUCUCGGGGGCGUGGGAAGAUCAACGCUGUUCCACGUUCGGACCGAAAAUCUUUAGAAGUCUUCGGAGGCGCUCCGGCGAGCACUCGCUACCUUUCAGAUGCAGGAGGUUCUCUAAAAGAUAGUUAUUUAGCGGAAGAAUUACAAGCCAAAGCGGCGAUAUCUCCUCGCAUUGAACAGCCAUUUGCAAAUCAUAAGUCUUCCUCGCCAAACCCAUCCUGGAUUGCCUCCGGCUUGGUUGGGUACCGAACCGGCCACGAGGUCUCUUCCGUCGCCGCCAUGCCCUCCCUCAUUUUCUCAAAUCUUUUGUAAGUCACCUUCUAUACUCGCCCCCUCCGAAUAAAACCAAUCUUGGACCAAGCCUGAUAACAUCAAGCCGGCGGAAUCGAACUUGCUGCUUCAAUGGGAGAUGAAUCUUGAAAUACCAGAGUAUAGACCCAAGCCCGUGGUCGGGGCGGAGGAGCCGACUCCGAAACCAGUUGUGAGGCAUCAGCGAAGCUCAUCAGAUACCUUGAUGAAGGCCUUGCCCCAGCUCGAGGAGAGGCAAAGUAUAUUCAACAAGCUAAAGCAGCAGGCAGAGGCAGAUGCCAAGAAAGAUAUGGCGAAGAUGAGAAAUGAUAGAGCGAAGUCGCCACUGUUGGAAACUCCACUGCAGCUCGUCACUGAAGACGAGUUAGUCACUAGCCAGCAAAUGGAAGACUUGGAGUGGGACGAGUUUGAAGCGGCUGCAGCCGCCGCAUUCGCAUCUGAUUUUUUUUAUCUAAAAAGUGGAUGUGAAAAAAUUCUGGUGUCGAGAUGUUCUCAGUCUAGAACAUCACGGUGGAGAAUGGGCCAUUCAAUUGUAGGGCCUGUUGCUGCCUCUCCAAAGAAUGUGCCAAAAGAUUGUCAUCGUUCUGAGGUCAGCGAGCGACGAGUGCCGAGCUUCAGCCACAGCGUUUCCUUAUCCUCCUGCGUUGUGGGACACCAACAGGUGUUGAUACCAAUCAAUUGAACACCACUUUUUUAUCUUCUGUGUGCCCUUAACCCCGGUUGGAAUGAGGAGAGCUUCUUGUAUCAACUAGUCAUUCAACACGUGCCUUCGCAAUCUCCUAAUUCCUAACCAUACGGAUACGAGAAUAUGCCGCAGCAGUACUGGAGUCGAAUAUAUUUAAAUGAAAGAGGAUGUUCUAUGUUAAGAAUAGAACGCACUAAAUUGAUUGGCUACUGCCAUUACAGGUGUUGUUUACAUCCUGAAGGUAGCUACUUCUGCUGAUAUUCGACUCCAGGCUUCCGUCUCUUUAUUGUUAAUACUAGGUUUUGAUUCGUUUUUCACUCCCCUUGAGCAAGUAGUGUACCUUGCCUCUCAAGGAUUUUUGCAUUCUCAAAUUGUUUUGAUAAGGAUCGUCGAUUUAGGGUGGUUACCAGUUACUCUGAUUUCCGCACUCCGCAUCCAUUCAUACAUGGCUGCUCUUUGCUGCGCAGUCUGUUACCAUGCUCUGAGUAAGUCUUUUCACUGGAAGUCCAUCUGUUGAACCCACCACUCGAGGUGCGAGGGAGGGUGCUGCACUUCUUAGUCUUCCAUUUGUCAUAUAGGUCCGUUAUUCUGCACAUUCGCUAUGAUGGAUGUUGCGUCUUAGAACGAGGAAAUGUUUAGAGUUUCAUCUAUUACCUGGCACUGCAAAGAAGAAUGUUUAGUGUUCCCUUUUGUGAAUCUGUGGCCGCACACCACACGGUAGAAAUUUCUCGGAGGACGAUUUUAGAUUGAAUAUGGACGUGAUUUUCUGGCUGUUGUGAAUGCAGUCUAACACGUCGUUCAGUAGAACUGAUUUCUUCUUCAUAUCCCUAGGCAGAACCGUCAUCACUGCGUCCACGUUUGAAGUUGGAAUAUCUGGUGGCUGUCGUGCUCUUUAGUUCAACACCCUUGGUAUUUUCUAAACGAGUAUUUCAUGCAGUAGAAGUUGCUCGAAGUUUUAUGACCUUUGGUGUUACGAAUAAUACUGUUGAUGACCCAAGAGGUUGAACAGAGGAGAGACCAAGCAGGAUAGUUUACAUUCUCCUCAGAGAUUCUCUUCCUACUGGGACACAGUGUUGUUCAGAAUCUCCUUCCGUCUUCACACUCUCUCUAGCCCUUGCUACAAAAUCUCUGGCUACAGCACCUUCUGCUCUGCGACAUGUCACACUUGUAGAACCCGGCCAAUAAGCCCUCUCGUCGAAUUGGGAUUGUAAACGAGGUGUUACUGCUUUCAAGGCUGUUACUUUACAGGUAACCAACUUCAUGCUGGAAACAGCAAACCUACUUGCACAAUACACGGAUCGUAGUUGUGGAAUACCUCGAGGAAUAGAGAUCAGGGUGGAUCAGGGAAUUGCGUGACAAUUUAGUGAAAUUAGUUUCAGAGAUCCUCGAAGUAAAGAGCAUGGCUACAUGAUGGGGCUCUGGAACCAAAUUAAUCAGCCAGUGUUACAACGACUAAACAGGAUAAUUUACUCCGAAACUACGACCUUGAGGUGGGCACCGAAAUCGUGUUAAGGAAUCCGCUGUUCUGUAAAUUUUGAAUUACAGUGUCAUGAUUUCACUUCGAGAUCCGUAGAGUUUUCAAAAAUUUCUUUGGAGAACCACUAGGUCUGUUCUUGCUUCUUGGUGUAAUAGUAAUUGUGUCUUGUCAAUUGCCUCCUCUGUGCAAGUGUUGUCUACCGAGAUAUUAAGUUGGACCAAUCCCACUUCUGGUCCUCCGGUCGCUGGCAAGUGACUCGCUAGUCUUACGUAAUGUGGUGUACUGAAGUUUCUAACUGACGCAGCAACUUGUUCUGCAGCAUUGGCUUGGUAAUGCCUCGAAAAAACAGGGUUAGUUUCACGUCGCUGGAACUACGGUAGCGAGCUUAUUAUCUAGCAGUUUCUGUAGCACAACUGUGGUGUUCACUUCACUCAAGUCAUAGCUUCGGAGCAAAUUGCCAUGUUUUGUCAUAUCGUGAAACUUGAAGAUUUCUUUGCUAUCAGAGUCCAUAUCAUGCUGCCAUGCCCUUAAGCUCGAAGCAAACCAUGGCCACAAUCACUGUAUGCUACUUAUAAGUUUGUUGUUCCAGGAUGUACUUGGUUUCUGGUUCAGUAACAAAUUUGGUAGAGGUCACGCCGUAUCUACAAUCCCCAGCUUCAAGAGAAGGUGCAGUAGCGAUAGGGUUUCGUAGCAAGUGAGUUAAGCAGCAACGCAGAAGGUGCUGAGGCUAAAGCGUUUUGUAGCAAGAGCUAAGAGAUUGGUUGAAUACGGAAGGAAUCUCUAAACAACAAUGUGAGUGGAGGAAAAUCUGUGAGAAGAAAUUGGAAAAUCUUCCUUGAAUUUUUCCAUUGUUCAAUCUCUUGGAUCAGAAGCACCAUUAAAGCACCUAGGACCUAGAACCUUCAGAAGCAAUUACUAUGUUGAAUGCUACAGGUAUUGUGCUAUAGAGCACCACAGCCACCAGAAAUUGGAACUACAGACGUAGACGCGCUGAUGACGAUUCCUUCCAAGGAUUUGUAGAAGAAGUCCAUCUGAUUGGACGACGUGUUGCAUUUGUAACAGCGAGACAGUCACUUUCAUUCACUAAGCAAAUCUGGCAGGAGUUUCUAUUUUGUGGUGUGCUGCCACCAAUAAAGAAACGAGAACUAAAACCA